AACAGUAGUGAGUUUGUGGUCACACCGGUAUUAUCGGUCCCUACGAGUCUUCUGUUUGCUCUCGGUUUCAGGCGAGAAAGAUUCGCUGCCGCCGGUGGUGUCGCCUGCUUGCAUCAUCUGCUUGCUGGUCUACCAUCACAACUGGCUGCAGCUUUGCUAGGUUGUGAUGAGCCAGUAUGGCUAAAGACCGGUUGUCUUGACGACAACGAAAAGGGACUCGAGAUGACCGACCGUCCAAUCGGCUCUUCUGUGGUCUGGUCGAAGGACACUCUGUCAACUCACGAUCGUUUCGACACUGCAUUUGAGGCCACGUAUCUAAAUCGUCUGGAACGACUGGCAUUUGCCAGCCUCGACUGUCUUCGACUGGCCGUGAUCGGCUGUCAACGAGGCGAGACGGAGUUUGUGGCGCGUGGAAUGGGCGUUCUAUUGUUGCUUGAUCUGCUUGAGGUUAGUUGCUCGGUUUUGACAUUUCACGAUAUUUUUUUGUCAACCUGA